AUGCGAAUAUGGCAAGUAUCUCGACCGGAGCUCCCUCUUGAGCUUCUCGCGCACAUUGUGUCUUUCGCCGAUAAACCAAGCCUGAAAUCCCUACGGCAGACAUUUCACUUUCUGUCAACUCCAGCAACCAAGCAGCUUUUCAGCACAAUCAGGCUCUUUCCGGAUGAGCGCAGCUAUGAACGCAUCAAGAACAUGUUGGAUAGCCCUGAAUUGCGGGCACUUCCCAAACGAGUACACCUCAACACAGUCGAGGAAGAUUAUGACCCCAACGAGGAAACAGAACAGGACUUUACUCCCGACUUCAAAGGCGCAAUCCAGAGCCUCGGACACUUCCCCAACGUCCGCAGCGCAACCCUGCGCUUCAACAAAAACUGCUUCGCCGCCGAUGGAAUAGCCUUGUGGCCAUGUCCUGAAACGUCAGAGUACCGCGAACAAGUACUCAAAUCGUUCUUCUCCUGGCUCGCCGCUCUCAAGAUUCCAAUAGAGGAAGCCAGCAUCUGA